CCUGAGCCCGGGCUCCCACCCACGCCCACCGAGGGCAGCUUUGCCUUCCCAGGCACCCCUCCUCCCCCAGGUGGCCGGGCCUGGCCCGCUGCCCGUCCAAGGCUCCUGCUCGGGGUCUCCACCCACACAUUCCUGCGGCGUGAGGCUCCGCCACUCCCUGCCGCCCCGGGCAAAGCCAUCAUUUGUUCCCUUUGACAGCCUGGGAGGCUGCCAGGCUCUCCACCCCCACUUCCCAGUUGAGGAAACCGAGGCAGAGGCUCAGGUGUGGCCAAUCACCCUGCAUGUCAGAGUUACCCUGGGCAGGGCCCACUGAGACCUGGGAGGGGCCACUUGGGACCUGGAGGGCUGGGGGCUGCCUGGGCGUUAGGGGUAAAGCUGCCUCCCCAGAAGGCCUCGGAGGCCUGGGCUGGGCUCCUCCUUUCACAUCGCCCUUUGGAGGACCACGUGUGGGCAUUGGUCCGAGACCUGAAAGGGGCCGUCCUGUUCCCCGUGGGUGCUGCCAGCGCCACGCACUCCUCUUUCUGCCUGGCCGGCCACUCCCGUCUGCUGUGACGCGCGGCCGGAGAGCUGCUGGCGGACCCACGGUGCCUCCCUCCCCGAGAUCUAGACAGACCAUGGCCUUGCCAACGGCUCGACCCCUGUUGGGGUCCUGUGGGACCUCCGCCCUUGGCAGCCUCCUGUUCCUGCUCUUCAGCCUCGGAUGGGUGCAGCCCUCGAGGGCCCUGGCUGGAGAGACAAAGCAGGCCCUGUGCCCCCAGGAGGCUGCGCCCCUGGAUGGAGUCCUGACCAAUGCACCUGACAUUGCCAGCCUCUCCCCACGCCAACUCCUUGGCUUCACGUGUGUGGAGGUGUCUGGCCUGAGCACAGAGCUCGUCCAGGAGCUGGCUGUGGCCUUGGGACAGAAGAAUGUCAAGCUCUCCGCAGAGCAGCUGCGCUGUCUGGCUCACCGGCUCUCUGAGCCCCCCGAGGACCUGGACGCCCUCCCGCUGGACCUGCUGCUAUUCCUCAACCCAGACGCGUUCUCGGGGCCCCAGGCCUGCACCCACUUCUUCUCCCGCGUCGCGAAGGCCAACGUGGACCUGCUCCCGCGGGGGGCUCCUGAGAGACAGAGGCUGCUGCCCGCGGCUCUGGCCUGCUGGGGUGUGCGGGGGUCUCUGCUGAGCGAGGCUGAUGUACAGGCUCUGGGAGGCCUGGCUUGUGACCUGCCUGGGCGCUUUGUGGCCGAGUCGGCAGAAGUGGUGCUACCCCGGCUGGUGCGCUGCCUGGGACCCCUGGACCAGGACCAGCAGGAAGCAGUCAGGGCGGCUCUGCAGAGAGGAGGACCCCCCUACGGCCCCCCGUCAACAUGGUCUAUCUCCACCCUGGACGCUCUGCAGAGCCUGUUGCCUGUGCUGGGCCAGCCCGUCAUCCACAGCGUCCCGCAGGGCAUCCUGGCCGCAUGGCGGCAACGCUCCUCUCGGGACCCAUCCUGGCGGCAGCCUGAACAGACCGUCCUCCGGCCAAGGUUCCGGCGGGACGUGGAGAGGACAACCUGUCCCCCAGAGAAAGAGGUCCACGAGAUAGACGAGAGCCUCAUCUUCUACAAGAAGCGGGAGCUGGAAGCCUGCGUGAAUGCAGCCCUGCUGGCCGCCCAGAUGGACCGUGUGAACGCCAUGCCCUUCACCUACGAGCAGCUGGACGUCCUAAAGCAUAAACUAGAUGAGCUCUACCCACAAGGCUACCCUGAGUCUGUGAUCCGGCACCUGGGCCACCUCUUCCUCAAGAUGAGCCCUGAGGACAUUCGCAAAUGGAACGUGACGUCCCUGGAGACCCUGAAGGCUCUGCUCAAAGUCAGCAAGGGGCAUGAAAUGAGUGCUCAGGUGGCCACCCUGAUUGACCGCGUUGUGGUGGGAAGGGGCCAGCUAGACAAAGACACCGUAGACACGCUGACUGCCUUCUGCCCCGGGUGCCUGUGCUCCCUCAGCCCCGAGCGGCUGAGCUCCAUGCCCCCCAGCAUCAUCGGAGCGGUCAGGCCCCAGGACCUGGACACGUGUGGCCCGAGGCAGCUGGACGUCCUCUAUCCCAAGGCCCGCCUUGCUUUCCAGAACAUGAGCGGGUCCGAAUACUUCGUGAAGAUCCGGCCCUUCCUGGGUGGGGCCCCCACGGAGGAUUUGAAGGCUCUCAGUCAGCAGAAUGUGAGCAUGGACUUGGCCACGUUCAUGAAGCUGCGGAGGGAAGCGGUGCUGCCGUUGACUGUGGCUGAGGUGCAGAAACUUCUGGGACCCCACGUGGAGGGCCUGAAGGUGGAGGAGCAGCACAGCCCCGUUCGGGACUGGAUCCUAAAGCAGUGGCAGGACGACCUGGACACACUGGGGCUGGGGCUACAGGGCGGCAUCCCCAACGGCUACCUGAUCCUAGACCUCAGUGUGCGAGAGGCCCUCUCGGGGACGCCCUGCCUCCUAGGACCUGGACCUGUACUCACCGUCCUGGCUUUGCUCCUGGCCUCCACCCUGGCCUGAGGACCCUACUCCCUUGCUGGCCCCAGCCCUGCUGGGGAUCCCCGCCUGGCCAGGAGCAGGCAUGGGUGGUCCCUGUUCCACCCCAGGAGAACUUGAGCUCAGUAAACGCGAACAUGCCCCCUGCAGACA